GGGGGCGACGGCGGCGGGUCCGGCGGCUGCAGGUGGCCCCGCGCGCGCGGCGGCGGCGGCGGCGGCGGCGGCCGGGCCGGCCGGGGGCGGGCGGGAAGGUGGCGCCUCGGGCGGGGGCCGGUCCCUGCACCAGGUGACCUGUUCCGGCCGGGAUCCGGGCGGCCUGGCCAUGCAGCGGCGCGGCGCGGGGCUCGGGCGGCCGCGGCGGCAGCAGCAGCGGCGGCGGCAGCAGCAGCGGCAGCAGCAGCAGCAGCGGCGGCGGCGGCAGCAGGCACCCCCGCCGCCCGCGCCGGGCCCCCGGGCCGCAGCCAUGGGCCCCCCGGGCCUCGGCGGCCGCCCUGCCUGCACGCUGCUCCUCCUGUGCUACCUGAUGUGGUCCCCCUCCUGGGCUUUUUCUAUGCCUCCAGUGGAGAAAACACAGGCAUCGUGAAGAAGUUCCUGAGGUUUCAGAACCGAGAGCUGGAAGCGACCCGAGGCCAAAGGAUAGAUUACCCGUUGUUUACGGUUUCAUUGUGGCUUUAUUUACUCCAUUAUUGCAAGGCCAACCUCUGUGGGAUUCUAUACUUUGUGGAUUCAAAUGAGAUGUAUGGGACGCCUUCUGUAUUUCUCACGGAAGAGGGCCACUUGCAUAUUCAGAUGCAUCUUGUCAAAGGAGAAGACCUUGCUGUCAAGACAAAAUUCACCGUGCCCUUGAAGGAGUGGUUUCGACUCGAUGUCUCUUUCAACGGAGGCCAGAUAGUUAUCACCACCAGCACUGGACAGGAUUUGAAAAGCUACCAUAAUCAGACCAUUAGCUUCCGGGAGGAUUUCUAUUACAACGACACUGCCGGCUACUUCAUUAUUGGAGGGAGCAGGUAUGUGGCCGGCAUUGAGGGUUUUUUCGGACCCCUGAAGUACUAUCGCCUUCGAGCGCUGCAUCCUGCACAGAUUCUUAAUCCCCUCCUCGAGAAGCAACUUGCUGAAGAAAUCCAGCUCUAUUAUGAAAAGUGUGCAGAGGUUCGAGAAAUAGUGUCCGUGUAUACAUCCCCGGGACAGCCGUGGCACGGAAGCCCAGAAGCAUGUGAACCCCAGAACUCCUACCUGGACCUGAGGCGCAGGUACAGCGGACUGUCCACCUGCAGAGCCUUCCCCUGGGAGAAGGGCCUUCGAGAACAGCAUCCCGCUCUCUUGCAGGCCUUGCUGGACAUGGACUUCCUGGCGGUGCCCGGGAACCCAGGAGAAUCCAUGUUAGAAGUCGGUGGGCGGAUGUUUGAGAAGGCUGUGAAGAGACUCGCCCGUAUUGAUGGUCUCCACCAAAUUAGCUCUGUCAUCCCUUCUCUGAUGGAUUCCAGCUGCUGUGGCUACCAUAAAGCCUCCUACUACCUCUCUGUCUUCUAUGAAACUGGACUAAGUGUACCUCGGGAUCCGCUGCAGGGCAUGUUAUACAGUUUGGUUGGAGGCCAGGGCGGGGAGAGACUGUCUUCAAUGAAUCUGGGCUACAAACACUACCAGGGCGUGGACGACUACCCCCUGGACUGGGAGCUGUCCUACGCCUACUACAGCAACAUCGCCACCAAGACCCCGCUGGACCAGCACACGCUGCAGGGCGACCAGGCAUACGUUGAAACCAUUAGGCUGAAAGAUGAUGAAACGCUCAAGGUACAAACGAAAGAAGAUGGAGAUGUCUUUAUGUGGUUGAAGCACGAAGCAACUCGAGGCAAUGCUGCAGCUCAGCAACGCUUGGCCCAGAUGUUGUUCUGGGGCCAGCAGGGGGUGGCCAAGAACCCGGAAGCGGCGAUCGAGUGGUACGCCAAGGGUGCCCUGGAGACCGAGGACCCCGCGCUCAUCUACGACUAUGCCAUCGUGCUGUUUAAGGGUCAGGGAGUCAAAAAGAACAGACGGCUCGCCUUAGAGCUAAUGAAGAAAGCGGCUUCCAAGGGGUUGCAUCAGGCUGUCAAUGGCCUGGGGUGGUAUUACCACAAAUUCAAGAAAAAUUACAUCAAAGCUGCAAAGUACUGGCUAAAAGCAGAAGAAAUGGGGAACCCAGAUGCCUCGUACAAUCUUGGGGUCCUCUAUCUGGAUGGCAUCUUCCCAGGGGCUCCGGGAAGGAACCAGACGUUAGCCGGCGAGUACUUCCAUAAGGCGGCUCAAGGCGGGCACAUCGAAGGCACCCUGUGGUGCUCCCUCUACUACAUCACGGGCAACCUGGAGACGUUUCCUCGGGACCCCGAGAAGGCUGUGGUAUGGGCAAAGCACGUUGCUGAGAAAAAUGGCUACUUGGGUCACGUGAUUCGCCAGGGCCUCAAUGCGUACCUGGAAGGCUCAUGGCAUGAAGCGCUGCUGUAUUAUGUUUUAGCAGCAGAAACUGGGAUUGAAGUGUCGCAGACGAAUUUAGCUCACAUCUGCGAGGAGAGGCCGGACCUGAGCGAGAGAUUCUUGGGUGUUAAUUGUGUUUGGAGAUACUAUAAUUUCUCUGUCUUCCAGAUCGACGCGCCUUCGUUUGCCUACCUGAAAAUGGGGGACCUGCACUACUACGGCCGCCCCAGCCAGCCCCAGGACCUUGAGCUGGCCGUGCAGAUGUAUGCGCAAGCCGCCCUGGACGGAGACUCCCAGGGCUUUUUCAACCUGGCCCUGCUCAUUGAGGAAGGUGCUACCAUCCCCCAUCACAUUCUGGAAUUCCUGGAGAUUGACCCAAGUGUCUACUCGAGUAACUUCUCUGUCCUCCAGGAGCUGUACGAAAGGUGCUGGAACCACAGCCCCGAAGAGUCCUUCAGUCCCUGCUCGCUGGCCUGGCUCUACCUGCACCUCCGGCAUCUCUGGGGCGCCGUCCUGCACUCGGCCCUGAUCUACUUCCUGGGGACCUUCCUGCUGUCCGUCUUGAUCGCCUGGAUCGUGCAGUACUUCCAGUCCGUCUCAGCCAGCAUGCCCCCUCGGACACCAGCCCAAGCCCCAUCAGAAGCUCCUGCUGCCUCGGCCAGUCUCGCUGCGCCUCCAGCCGCCGAGGCCUCUGUGCAGGACCCGCCCUCGGCCCCCACUAGCCCUGAGCCCCGCGGCUGACCGUGCACACCAGGUCUCUCCAGCUGAGCAAGAGUCCUCCCACGGAUGGUGUCGGAAAGCGGGGCCCAGGGCAUUCGAACCCAUAAACACCAUUCAUGUCUUGUCGACUGGAUGCAAAUUUUGCACUUGGUGUCUUUUUUGGUUGUUUUGGUUUUGGGGGGUGUGUGUGCGUGCGUGCGUGUGUGUGUGUGUGUGCGCGCACACGCGCGCAUCUGUGUGUUUUGUUUGUUUUUUAAUCAAAGAACUGGGGAAUUCCCAGAGCAGAAAGUGGGUUUACCGAAAGUUCCCAAGCAAGUCCUAGGAACGCCAUGCCCCUUGGGUGCCUUUCGGGGAAGGGCAUGGGGCUUUGCUGAUGCUAGUUCCGAGGAGUUUGCUCGGCAGCGUAUUUGAGUCCUGACACUCUGAGAUGAACUUUCAAAAUCUCCCCCCCCCACCCCCCAGUUCUUUCCUUUGAGUAAAGAAUGGCAAAAUUGUGACCCCCUCCAUCAGUCCCAUGACAUUUGGGCACACAUGUGUGCCCCUGGCCUUCUCCUCCAGGUUUGAGGAUGGAUUUCCAGUUGACUCCAAGACCCAGCAUUUCAGCAGCCUCUCGGGGUCAAAGCCGGAAGUGUGGGGAAGAAGGGGGCGUUGUACAUCGAUUUACACGUUCCUCCACUCCGUAGUGCUUCUGGGUCAUCCAAUGACAUUGUGGGAUCCCAUUUUCUUUCCCAUCGAAGUCCAUAAAGAUAUCCUGUAGAAAAGGCUUAGGAUUCCAGGAUAGUCUCUGAGAGUUCACCCAGCCGCGCUGAUGGGCGCAGACGGGCGGCGGUGGAGAUGCAGGAGCCUUUCAGCUCAUGGUCUCAUCGCCCCCCUCAUGCCUGCCUGAGUCUGCACGGGCGUGUGUGCGCAUGUGAGAGCAAGGAGGAGGCUCGAGUGUCUGCACACUGUAUGCUGCUACGGUCCUAGAUACACCAGUCAUGCAAUAUUGUGGGUCCAGACUACUCUUUGCACUACUUUAUUUACAGUAGUAAAUAAAAAUUAUUUUUAUACCGUU